UUAUUAAGGCAUCCUUUCCUGCACAAUGUUGCUCUCCUCUCUUCUCUUCUUCCUUUUUACAAUGUUCUCUCCCUCUGUUCCUCUCUCUCUCUAGAACCCCGGAUCUGAUUCGCCGCCAUCCAAUGGCUGAUUCCGCCCGCCGGAAGCGCGGUUCCCACACUCGGAAACUCUCCUGGUGUUGCUCAUUAUCUGGUCAUCCACCCAGCCCCGAGAAUUCUGUAAUCAUUGCUAAAACACUUAAUAAAAAGCGCGAUUCCUUUUCUAAACCGUCUUCAAACUCUCUCCCCAACUCACCGCUAAACUCCAAGUCCGGGUUAAACUUCGUGGGUAGGAUCGAUCCCCGCAGGAUCCUCUCCCCGGGCCGCGUCUCUCCCAUUGACUCCGACCCCACCGCCGUCUAUUCCAUCCAAGAAAUCGUCCCUGACCCUUCACCAGUUGUCGACUCAGCUCUCAAAUCACGAUCCGAGUCUUUCCGGGGCAAGAAUGAGGACUCUUUGUCGCACUCAGACUCGAGUUCGGAGCCAUGUGGGGGUGUGUUUGACGUGAGGCUGAACUUGAAGGGGAAGAAGGGAGGUGCUUUGGUACUGGAAACUUGCUCAGAGGUUCUGAUUGCGAAUUCGGAGGUUUUCUCCAGGUUAAUUUCGGAAUAUCGCCAAGGUUUGGGGUCGACGGGUGAUAGAAAAAUCAAUAACGAUUCGUCAAAAAUGUGUAGAAUAGAGGUGCCUGAUGUAGAGAAUUUGGGGGUUUUUAGGGACACAAUUGAGCUGAUGUUCGAGGACAAUAUUACUAAAAGGCUCUUGAAGGUUGGGGUUUAUAGAGCCAUUGAUAUACUUGAGGUUUCUGCUGGCAUCAUGUUUAAAAGAGGUGUUUCGUCCUGUUUGAAGUACAUUGAAGCUGUUCCCUGGACAGAAGAAGAAGAGGAAAAACUCAGGGGUCUGUUUUCAGUGUGUAAAUUUGAGGAGACAGUAACACAAGACAUUUUGGCGAGACUCUACUUGCAUAACUCGGUAGAUUGCCAACAAAAUUUAGCUAGACAACUAGUUUGGUCCAUCACCACCUGUACAGAUGCCAAUGCCAGAAAUGAACUAAAGUCAUUAGUUAAGGGUCUUUUUAGCAAAAGUUCAAUCUAUGAGAAGGACCAACCUGAACUUAACAAGGAGGAUCUCUAUGUUGUUUGUCAGUCUUGUCUAAGUUCACUAGGCAACCUUUUGGAUGAGGCCUCCACCACUUCACCCAAUCGGAAGGUGACUAAAAGAGAAACAGGUAAAACAUUGAUUGAGCGCAUCUCUAGACAGGUUGAUAACAUUAACUGGUUGCUAGAAAUCCUACUUGAUCAGCAGAUGGGUGAAGAAUUUGUGGAUAUGUGGGCAGACCAAGGGGAACUGCUUAAAAUGCAUGAGAGCACAUCUCCAAUGGUUAGAUAUGAGCUUAGUCGGGUUUCUGCAACUCUAUUCAUUGCAAUGGGGACCAGAAAACUGCACUGCCGCUCAGAAGCAAGAGCAGGGCUUUUCCAGGCAUGGUUUAACCCAAUGCUAUCAGAUUUUGGUUGGCUGCAGAGAUGCAAAAAGGGAUUGGACAUGAAGGUAUUGGAAGAAGCCAUGGGUCAGACGCUUCUAACUCUUCCUCUAAGGCAGCAGUAUAUGUUGUUUAUGGAAUGGUUCAGGUGUUUCUCUAAGCAUGGCACUGAAUGCCCCAAUCUCAGUAGAGCAUUCCAGAUUUGGUGGCGCCGAUCAUUCCUAAGAGGCUCUGAAACUUGUGCCAUUGAAUCCAGGUAGAGGAGUUGGGGUCUUAUUUUCUACACCCUGUAACAUUGCCAGAUUUUAGAUUGAGGAUUCUGAAAUAACUGGAAUUGAAUAAUGUAGAUUAACCAUGCAGAAUUGUUGUAGUAGCUGGUAGAGAUAAAACGGCAACAUAUUUUCAGUGAGAUUAAGCGUUUUAUCUGGUGGAAUUAUCAGAAAGUUUUAGAAAGAGGCCUGUUUACAUUUGAAAA